ACGUGUCUAUAAAAAGGCUAGCAGUGAGUUGUUGGCUAUUCUUGAGCAGUUUGGGGGAUCAAUAGUUUCUAAACGAUUUGAGAAUGUUGUGUUGUACUGUGAUAUCCCGAGAGACAUCAUGUUUCCGUUGGAUAUUGUCGAGAUAUUCAAAGAUUUAUCUGAUGACGAAGAAACGAUGAAUUUGGAUAACAUCGAGAAGGCGCUUUAUUUGGAUUGGUGCUCAAAAACGUUAUGUUAUGCACACGUGAUCUUCGAUGACAUUGUGGAUAACAGCAAGACUCGUUAUGGAAAGCCCUGUUGGCACCGAAGAAGCGAUGUCGGCCUGUCGGCCGUUUUUGACGGUCUUUUGAUAGACAAAUCGAUUCAUUAUCUCAUGAAUACAAAAUUCAAUCGCGAUAUUAUUGAUGCCGUUCUGGAAAAGUUAUUCUUCUUGGACGCAGGCCAAACUUUGAUCGACACGUUGAGCAAGGUUGGUGAUUUUGAAAACUAUAGUAGGGCAUCGUAUGAACAAGUUGCUAAUCUCCUAGAUUCAUGUAUUAUAACAUUGCCUAUUAGGAUGGGAAUGAAUCUUGCAGGCAUCACUGACCUAAAUGCAGUAGAUAAAAUGCAGACAAUUACUUCAAAAAUGCAAGUGCUGUAUCAAAUGAUGAACGAUUACCAAGACUUGUUUGGGGACGCUGGGAGGGUGGGAAAAGAAGAGAGCGAUAUUCAAGAACGCAAAUGUUCCUGGUUUGCGGUCAAAUGUUUGGAAAAGGCAAGCUCUGAACAAAAAGAGUUAUUCAAGCAAAACUAUGGCUGUGAUGAUCCUGAAAAGGUAGCCAAAAUUAAAGAACUUUACAAAACAUUGCAAUUAAAGGAAGAGUACAACAAGUGUAAACAUGAAUUAUGUAAAUUGAUAGAAGCUGAUAUCGAAAGAGUUGAACUACUUAAAUUGCAACGGGCACUAUUCGCAGUGUAUACAAAAAUUGCAAAUUCAAAUGUCAAUGAAGCAAAUGUUUGAUGCGUGUUAGGAUUACAUAUGAUUGUAUAAAUUACAAAAACAGGUAGACUUAUCCUUCGGCAAA